UUAUUUAAAAAGAAGGAAACGUUUACUCUUAUUCUGAAAGUGUGCUCUAUUUUCUUCCGGGGGACCGUAUCUUAGGGUUCGGAUACUUUAGUUGUGGUUUCUAGUGAAGCGUCAUGCGCUAACAGCUUAAUCUUUCGUGUUUUGGACGGUAGUUACGAAACAACUCCAGAAAUAUAGCCGUUGAACGUCAGCUUGUGUGCAUGCAUCCUGUGUAAGCAACUGCCGUAAAGACUGAUCAUUCCCACCAGCUAUCCACAGUUUUUACUCAUGACGGACAGAAGCAGCAGCGUGGAGUGGGUUGAGACAACCGAGGAGGUGGUUGUAACUGAGGAGUGCAUUCCCAUUGAAAACAACCCCCCUGCAGUUUUAGAGCCAGCAGACACGCCAAUACAGAAGUUACUGGACGCUGUGGGGCAGGGAGAAAACCCAGAUGGUGACGAUGGCUUUUAUUGCGAGGAGUGCCUGACUCUCUUCCAGGACCAGAGUGAUCCUGACAACAUUAAUGGCCCAUCUUUUAUUCUCGAUUUUCCAACAAACAUGGGCGUCAUGCAGAGGGCCCUCCUGACUCUGCCUUUUGGCCUGAUGAUAGGCAGAUCUAGCAUUCCCAGUGCAGGGAUUGGGGUCCUAAAUUAUGGGCCUGCAGUGUCUCCUGGAAUGCAUUUUGGACCAUUUGAGGGGGAAGUGACAACAAGGGAGAUUGCCAUGGCAAGUGACUUCUCAUGGGAGAUUUACAAAGAUAAGGAUGACUAUGACUACAUUGAUGCUGCCAAAGAAUCAUACUCAAACUGGAUGAGGUAUGUCAACCAUGCCCGUCAUAGAGAUGAGGCAAAUCUGUUGGCAGUCCAGUACAAAGGUAGCAUCCUCUUUCACUGCUGUCGCACCAUAAAUACUGGAGAUGAGCUCUUGGUGUGGCCCAGCAGCAAACUUCAUGCCCACUUUAGUGAUCCUUGGGCCCAGAUGUGGUAUUUGAAGUUGAAUGCAACAGAGAGUACUGUAACCGGUACAACUCAGAUCUUCCUGUGCGCCCACUGUCAGUUGUCUUUCACCACCAAAGCCUUCCUCCAGCGACACACAGAAUACUUUCACACGCAGCCUGAAAGUGCUGAAGUAGCUGAUGGAGAAAAUAAUGCCUCCAGUGCUGCAGGAUCACUGGUGGUACUGUCUGUUGAUCCUCUUGAAUCUAAAACAUGUGACGAUUGCGGAAAGACAUUCAAGCAAAUACCUCAUCUUAGGAGGCACAAGCUUUGUGUUCACUCCAACAAACGCCCCUAUUGCUGCCCAUAUUGCAGGCGAAGCUUUAGCCAGGCAUCUGGCUUAAUCAGACAUCAGUUAGUUCAUAGGAAGCAGGCUGUAGGAAAAGCUUCCAAUCAGAAGCAAGUCCUCAGCAACAAAGAGAGUGUAACGUCAGAGUCAGAACUUUUAAAAGCAGGAGAUUCAGUUGUAUCUGAAAAAAUUAAUGAAAAUGAGACCCAACAAGAAGCUAUGGAUACAACUGAGGCUCCUGAGUCUUGUGCAGGUGAGUCAGAAACACUCCAGUCAAACUGUUUAGAUUGUGGUAAGAGUUUCACAAAGGAAUCAUCCCUCAAAAAGCAUAAGGUGACUGUCCAUGAGAGGAUACGUCCGUACGUCUGCGCUGUUUGUCAGAAAUGCUUCGGUCAGUACAAUGACCUGACCAGACACCUGCAGCGUCACCAGAAACAGAGUAAAACAAAAACAAAUGAGGAUCCAGAGGACUCCGACAUAUUGCCCUUCAGCUGUGGCGAAUGUUCACUGGCGUUUUCCUCAGUGGACGACCUUCAGCAGCACAUAAAUGAACAUCACUCUGAUGAGAGCACAGCUGAAAAUAACGAAGACGAUGUAAUGCCUGACGGUGAAAGUGUUGAAUCGAUCCAGAAUCCUCCCUCUCAGAGGCCUCAGAGAUUUGGAGCUAGAUUCAGAGUUUCUGCCAUAACUAAGCUCAUUGCGCCUAAACGAAGAGCUACCAGUCCUGCUCAGCCUGCGAGGAGCUCCGCUGAACCAGAGGCGGCUUCUGUCCGAAAUGGGAAGUUAAAAAAAUACAAAUGGUUCAGCUGCAAUCGCUGUAAACAAACAUAUGGAAACCCAGAUGACCUCAAAGCACAUAAAUGCACUUUGAGGCAGCACAGAUGUGGCCAGUGUGGAGCAACCUUUAAUAAGUCUGGUUUCCUGAAAAGGCACGAGCAGAUGGUACAUGUAGAGGCCAAAUCUUACAGCUGCGAUCGCUGCGGUAAGGUCUUCACUACACCUAGUAACCUUAAACAGCAUCAGAAGAGUAACGCUUGUAUGAAGUAUCACUGCACGUCUGAGCUCUUCCCAUGCUCCUUCUGUCAGUUCUCUUUCACCAUGAAGAGCUAUCUUAUUAAACACAUUAAAAGGCACCAUCCCGUCGAGUAUCUUUCACACUGCGAGUCGGACAGCCUAACGGAUCAGCUGGAGGAACAAGAGGGGGGAAAAGAAUAUACGUGUCCUCACUGUGGCAUGAACUGUAUGACUGCCAAAGCUUUCAAAUCUCACACAUGCUUCAGGCAAGUGAAGGUUUUGUACUUGUGUAACGACUGCGGAAAGGGCUUCACAAACCACUACGGUCUGAAACAGCACCAGCGCAUCCACACGGGCGAGAAACCGUACAGCUGCCCUCACUGCAGCAAAAGCUUCUCGUACGUCGGUCAGCUCAACGUACAUCUCAGGACUCACACCGGGGAGAAGCCCUACCUGUGCACCCACUGCGGGGAGAGCUUUCGGCAGUCGGGAGAUCUGAAGAGACACGAGAGAAAGCACACGGGGGUGAAACCGUACAGCUGCCCCGAAUGCAGCAAAAGCUUCAGCCGACCGCAGAGUCUCAAAGCUCACCAGAUGCUUCACUUGGGACAGAGAAUGUUCAAAUGCACUCAGUGCGGGAAGAGCUUUUCCCGAAACUAUCAUCUCAGGAGGCACCAUCAGAAGAUGCACAUUUAGUCUAAUCGCAUUUUUUUUGAAGACUUUAAAUUAAAAUGAAAUACAGGAGCUUAAAUGUGAACUAAAUUGCACUUUCCCGCUUGUGUACUUGAUGACUUAUUGAAUGUCCUGUACUUAACAUUCUUUUAUUUAGUUUUUUUUUUUUUAGUUAAAAAAGGAAAAACACCAACAAAUACUUGUCUUUGAGUGUCAAACUGCACUAAAAAAUAAACAACAACCAACGUAACCAUCACUGUUGACCAUUUAUUCCACAAAACAUACAAUGCAAAGCAUGUGCACUGUACAAGCCUUAAUAUUAUGAAAAUACUCAUAACCAUGCCUGUUUUUUUUCUUCAAUUAAGUAGUCUUAAAUUUGUUUUUGUAGUCAGAUCUACUACUUUUUUUGUCUUUUCUUGUUUUUUUUACAUGACACAGUAUAACUUUGUUUAUUGGACAUUAAUUUUUGCAUUGCUUUUGUCACUAUUUGUCCUUUGUUAGCUCAUAUUUCCAACUUGACUAUAUUAUAAAUAUUAAGUAAAAUUAAAAUAUUUCAGUCUGACCUGAACUAUACAAACAUACUGGUAUGACAGUUGACACAAGUAAAACUCAGUUUCAUUUAAACUGUGCGUAAACUGAAACAGGUAGAAACCUGGCAGUGUUUUCCAUGUGCUACACACAGCGGUGUCAAGUGCAGCUGCUGGUUAGAGAGGAGCUCCUUAAAUCUAAAACUUUGCUGCUGGUAACGGCUUCUUUAACUUCCCAGUCCAGUAAUGUUUCUUACAUCAGUAGUCCUAACUAAUUCCAGUUCUACAAGUCCAUGACAACAUCCAUUUGAAGGGGAGGGAAGAGAUAUCCAUUGUUUGUGGCACAGCAGUUGUGGAGGCUUGUUUCCGUGGUCCAUUUUUUUCCUUUUUUCUAUUUUUUUUUUCUUUUUGAUAGAAGUGAGGGGUUGAAACCAGAGGAUUAGUCGCUUGUUCGCGAGUCCUAAUGUGUAAAAAAUACACAAACACGUCUGAAAGGUAGGCAGCAGUUGGUUCUAAAGGUUAUGUGACGAGACCCCUACGAAGGUUGGGAUACUGUACAGUUUCAAAGACACGUCAGACUUGUUCCCGUUUAUUACUCCAAUCCAGUGAAGCACCAUGUGUUGUCGUCUUCAGUGCGGUCUCCAUCCAAUUUACACAUCUUUGCCACGCAAAAUAUACGACCCUCGACUCUCAUUAGUUUAUAUUAUGUUAAAUGUUAUGCACAUUAAAAUUUUUUACAAACCAAACUGAUUGUUAAACCACACAGUAUCACAUCUGUACAAACUCAGAAAAAAAUGUCACAAAACUAAGCGAAAGAAAGAAAGGAUUUUUGUUUUGUUUUGGCAAUUGAAAAGCAACAGCCUGGGCUUUCACAAGAAUCACAAAUUAAGGGAGAAAAUACUGAAGUCUGAAAAUGAAAAAGGAACAGUACAUCUACGGAGUCCGUUUGUGAUGAUAAAACUGCUCUUCUUCCCAUAAAUGCCAACAGAAAAACAUGGUUAAAAGGGUUAAGUGGGUGAAAUACAAAGCCUGAGGGCACAUACAGUAUGCGACCACAAAUUAAGCUCAAGUUGGACACACGAGAUACCCUGCAGUUCGUUGCAAGUACUUAAAACACUCCUUUGUCGGGUGAAGUUCUAUAUUUAUUAGAAAAGGCUUUUAUAAUGGUUCAGAUUUCAGCUCCUCCACUCGGCACUCCAGAUCAGCCACCUAAAAGAGAAGAGAGGAAAAUGCACUUAAAACAAUGAAGCGCUGCUGGAAUGUGACUCGUACUGUUUUUGUAUUUUUUGGAGAUGAUGUGUUCUGCUGUGCAUUUCUGCUUUCAGUUGGUCCAUUGAUCUCCACAGCAGAUCAUCUUCUUCCAUAGCAUCCUAUCCUUAGCUUCCUGCUUUGUCACACCAACCCUCUGAAUGUCCUCCUUCACUACAUCCAUGAACCUCCUCUAUGAUCUUCUUUUUAUCCUCCUGCUUGGCAGCUCCAUGUUCAGCAUGCUUUGUCAAGAGGCACACAGGAACGAUAUCUCUAUGGCUUGCUGCUUCGUUGUUACACCCAUCUCCCUCUCAUUUACACUCAUGUAUUCUGUUUUCUACUAACAAGCAGGGAAAAAAUAGGAACUACAGAUAAACUUUAGCAAAAGCUUCUUUCCGUCAACGGUUUUAAUUCUAAGCAAAAUAACGACAGCAUUAAAAGCUAAAUGACAGCACUAUAAAAGGUACAAAGACUCCUCCCUUAAUAGUAGAAAACAGUUUUUUUACAGCCAUUUUUACAAGAAAAUAUCAACAUUUCAAUAUUGGAAAAUCAGAAGGAGGUCUUGCUUAUGAAUGAAUCUAGUGCAAGUUUUAAAUUGCUGGAGGGAGGCAGGAGGAUAAACUAGACCGAAGAGAAGCUCUGUAUGGGAUGUUGGGUCUUUUAAUGCAAUAAAAUCAACCUUAACCUCUAAAUCAGCAACAAGGUUUUCCGUUGCAUUAUACUUCUGCUUCAAACCUUUUUGAAAUCCUACACCGUAAGCUGACAUGCACUUUCUUAGUAAUGCAACCACACAGCAGCUCAAUGAUAACAUACAUAAACUCUUUCAACUUCAUCACACUUUCUCCAAGUUCCCCAAGACAUUUUAAGAUUUUCUUGAAACCACAAGCAAUUCUGAUUAAUAGAAGUUUCAAGAUCAGAUUUGGUCUGGAUCAAGCAAAGUGGUGUUUACUCUUGAACGCUUUACAAAAUGCUCUGCAAACCUACCAGCACACAGUUGUUGUGUGAAUAUUAUAUUAAAUGCUAGAUGUGAAGAUUAAAUGUGCACACACUGCCUUGAGGCACCUCGUAUACCUGUUCUUGGAGUUGCCCUGACUCCUCUUUCAGAAGGUUGGCCUCAGCCCCAACUUGUGCACAGCGCUGGGUCUCCUUCUUCAGAUACUCAAUCUCCCUGUUAAAGGAAGAGGAUAACAGCAUUGGCACUCUGAUCUCACAACUCUCUCAGGCUUUUGUACAUGUAGUUAAACGGUCUUACUUUUGUUGAUACUCCUUGAUCAGACGUUUGGCUUUGCUGUAUUUGCGCUCCAGGGCCUGAUACUGGGCCUGCGUCUCCUUCAGGUGCUCAUCCACUGCCUGGCACAGGCUCUGAGCCUCCAUCCAAUAUCCCUCCAGCUUCUCCAUUCGCUCCUUGUUCUCCUGCAGGGUUUGCUCCAGCUGGGCCUUGUCCAUACGCCAGCGCUGCUUCUCCUGCUCUGCGUGGUGCAGCUGGAAGAAAGCGUGAUUCAUUCAUUUCAAUCACAUGAUGAUGUAAACGGACACACUCCUCUGACUCUAAAGAUAAGAAAUGCUCUUUUGCUUAUUCUUAAUAGAACCAUUACAUAAAAUAUCAUGAUAAUAUUCACUUUAAAUUACCUUUCUUUUCAGUUGCUGGAUCUCAGCCUGGGUGACAGCGUGUUUUAUUUGGAGCUAUAAAAAAAAUCCCAGUGUUACUAUUCUAAACACAUCUCUAAAUAUAAGGUGCAUUAGUGAAAAAAGUUUUGAUUAAAGAAGAAAUGUUGUAAUUACGACAUUCAUGGCUCACCUCUUUGUAUUUAUGGGCCAGCUUCUCAGGGUCUGUCUCCAGAGGCGACAUGUCCUCGUUCUCCGCCAAGUCAAACACCUCGAUCGCAGUGGGAUACGGUGGACUAGCUUCCUCAUCAUCAUCCUCUUCCUCAUCUGUGCCGUAUUCCCCACCCUGCAGGAAUAUGGUCAAGGUUAGGACCCCGUUCAUAGGCAAAAAUCAAGAAAA